AAAUAAAUAAAUAAAUAGAACGUCGUUUCUCGCUCGUAUGCGUCUGUACGAGGCGAGCGCCUGGCGAGCGUCUGGUGUCUGGCUCAGCUGACAGUUGUAAACAUGAGCUCUGUGCCGGACGACGCUCCUGCACACUGCCCUGGCACUAACAGUGAAGAUGCAGGCAAAGCAUCUGCCUGUGCUGGCUGCCCCAACCAGCAGGUAUGCUCGUCAGGGGCUGCUCAAACACCAGAUCCAGAUCUCGAUGCAGUAAAGGAGCGUCUUGCAUCAAUUAAAUAUAAAAUCUUAGUACUAUCUGGAAAGGGAGGAGUGGGAAAAUCCACAGUAACUGCCAUGGUUGCUCGGGCCUUGGCUCUAGAUGACUCCAAGGAUGUUGGAAUCUUAGACAUUGAUAUCUGUGGCCCAUCUCAGCCCCGACUGUUGGGUGCUCAAGAAGAAAAGGUCCACUCUUCUGGGGCGGGCUGGUCACCUAUUUAUGUUGCAGAAAACUUGGCAGUGAUGUCAAUAGGGUUCCUUCUAAAAAGUGCAGAUGAUGCUGUCAUUUGGAGAGGACCAAAAAAAAAUGGGAUGAUCAAACAGUUCCUGCGUGAUGUGGAUUGGGGCUCUCUGGACUACCUUAUUGUGGACACACCGCCAGGAACUAGUGACGAACAUUUGAGUAUUGUGCAGUACCUCUCUGCUGCUCCUCCCGUAGCUGCAGUUAUUGUUACAACACCGCAGGAGGUGGCUCUACUUGACGUUCGCAAGGAAAUUACUUUCUGCCAAAAAGUCAACAUUCCAAUAAUCGGUAUUGUGGAGAACAUGACCACAUUUGUAUGCCCCAAGUGCAAGACAGAAACAGCCAUCUUUCCAGCCACUACAGGAGGUGGUACACAGCUGGCAGCUGAUGCUGGUUUACAUUUGCUUGGUCAGCUGCCAUUAGAUCCAAGAGUUGCUCAAUCUUGUGACCACGGGCAGAAUUUUUUGACUGAUGAACCAGAUGCUCCUACCACAUCAGCUUAUCGAGAUAUUGCAAGAAAAAUAAUAGAGUACUGCCAGAACCAGACUCAGCAACACUCGUGAUACUCCUGUACCUAUAGGAUACACAGUGAAGCACCUAACAAAAUUAGGUCAUGACUUUUUUUUUUUAGAUAAUGAAAUACUGUAUUAAAUUAAAUUAUUCAUCACAUACAUGAGAGACAUUUUCACCUUUUAUUGCCAGUCAAUUCCAAAUUUAAAAUAAGUAAUUUAUCAAACAAAGUCACCAUGCAGUAAAGACUAAUUAGCACCGUUUGCGUCACAGGAGAUUCAAAAGGUAUUAUCACACAGGAUAUAGUUUCAAAUAUCAAGGUGGUACAUUGUUGGUGCAGAACUUGUUGUUGGGGUCUGUACCACAUUUCAGUCACACAGACUGUCAAUUACUAAUCUUCACAGAUAUCAGUUCUUUAUAUAUGUAGGAGAGUUGAGAAGACCUCAGAUGUUGCAUCUGUUCUUGGCAUACCAUAGUAGUAUGGUAUUGUAUAUUGUAGUUCAAAAAUAAAAUAAAAAAAAGUACCCAAUUUCA